AUGCACACAAUCACCCACCUUACGGUGGUGCACAACGACGGUGAGAUAACAACCACCAUGGCGGGUCGCCAUGGUGGUCCCCGUGAUGUUUCCGGACAGAAGAAAGCUACCCCAUUAUGCAUCGAGAGAAAUGGUGACUGCUCAUGGCGGUAUUGGCAGACUAAUCCGAUGACAAAAGGCGGUAGAAUAGUCUUCAAAAAUGGAAUGACAAUGAUGAACAUCCUCGUCGGCAGCAAGGUUUGCAGUGGUCGCUUAGCUAUUUUAUCUUCGUUUUCGCAAGCGUUGUUUAUGUUUCAUUCAAGGGUUGUUACCACUUCAGUCUCUCACAUGGCUUCUUCGUCGAUCAUGAUCAGGGUUAAGUUCGUUAAAACUCUUAGGUGCUUCAGUGCAUCCAUCAAUGACAAUAAUCUUGCUCUUGACACUGUUGCUUUGAGGGAAAAGAUACGUAGUCUCUUCAACUUCAAUCCCGAUGUUGACUUUACUUUCACAUACGUUGAUGAAGAUGGAUAUGCAGUCACUCUUGCUGAUGAUUGUCACACCCCGCUAAAGCGGAAACACAAGGUAUGA